CGAGUCGCGACGCAUUUAUCGGCAACUUUGACUUUUGUUAAAACUCGAUAAAAGAAAGCAACUAUUUUACGUGAAGGAAAAUAAACUCAUAACUUAAGUGUUAAUACUGGUUUUUAGUGUAGAGAGAGCUAGUAAUUACUGUAGUAUUUAGUGCGUACUUUUAUUUGUGAAGCAUGUCGCGUGAUCCUCGCGACCCUAGGAAGGGUUACUACAACCGGGAUUGGGAUAGAGACCGAGAUCGUGAUCCGCGAGAACGAAACCGAGAUCGUGAAUACCGGCAUCCAAUUCCGAAGCGAAGCCGCAGCCCCCUGAGGGAUGAGAAGCGGCGUAGCCGCUCCCCAAGGAUGAAACUCGACAAAGACCUAGAUGAGAACAUUUUGAGUGAGAUCUCCAAGCUGCCUGAACCGAGUGAAUUGUGGGAGCCGAAUCAGUUUCCAGAAUCUGGCUUUGCGCCCCCGCCGCCGUCCUUCCAACAAUCGGAGUCAAAUCCUUCAUUCAGCAACUACCCGCCACCUUCCUACUCCGGCAUCUAUGAUGACUUCCCUCCCGUAGCAGCGGUGCCUCCGACCCCGCACCCACCGGAGAUUGGCAACUGGAACCAGCUGUCACUGCCUCCGCCACCAACAGCACAUCCACAGUUUAAUGUUGAAGAUCAGAUCAAGAAAGAAGCGGCGAUUGAGUCGGAAAUGCGCCACCAGAAGGCAGCACUGUCCAAACAGCGCGAGGAAUACAUGAAAAAGGCGGGAAUUUUGAAAAAGGAACUCGAAACGCUUAAAGACCAGCGCAACGAACUCCGCGGCGACCCGAAACGAUCGCCCUCGCCAGACACUAAACGGUUUUUAAAGGAGAAUACCAAACUACAGUUGGAGAUUCAGAACAAGCUGAAGACCAUCAACAAUGUGGUUGACAUGCUGAACGGCAUCAUCGGGGAGGAAGCUGACGCGGCCCUGGACUCCGGAGACUCCAGCCCCGACCUGAAGAAUAAAAGAAAAUCCAGGUCGCCAACGAACAAGAAAUUCAACUAUGUGUACUACGACCCGGAGAUGCAUUGGUGCCGCGUGUGCAACGAGUUCCCACCUACGGCCAAGGAUUACUUGAACCAUCUACACUCGCCGGCUCAUCAGAAAAUGGCGGCCGCGCACAUGGAAGCCCCGUGGCACAGCGUGACGACGGCCAACGAGGGCUUCCCCAGCUUCCCAUCGGCGCCCACCAAGCGGACCCCUAUCAGAGGCUUACAAUUCUUCGUGCCGUCUACGGCGUGGUACUGCAAGCUGUGCGACCAGUUCAUCGGGGACCUGCACUGCGCCUCUGCACAUCUCAAGUCCAUCGUGCACUCCAAGAACUAUACCAACUUCGUAGAACAGAAUCCGCACUGGGAGACCGACUGGAUGUCGGACCGCCAGAAGGCGUUUGAGAAGGCGCGCGGCACCAAGGUGAAGGAAGACCCCGCGAAGGCCGCCCAGCAAGCCGCAGCUGCCGCGAGCAGAUACGCCGCGCACACCAUCACAUUCAACAAAGAUGGGUUCCACACAAAACGCAAGGACAGCCCGCAGCCUGCGCCCGAAAUCAAAGAAGAGAAGCAAAAAAAGAAGAAGAAGGAAAAGAAGAAGAAGAGCAAGAAGAAGAAGGGGAAGAGCUCAAGCAGCAGCUCGUCCAGCUCCUCAAGCAGCUCCGAGAGCGACACUGUGGCUAAGAAGAAGAAGAAAAAGUGGCUUGCGAACGCGGAGGCUCGUUUGAACGAGAGUGACCGCCAGCUUCUGGACUCACUGAAGAGCCGGAUGACUAGGAACCGGGAUGCGCCCGUUCGGGACACAAGGGACUCCAGAGAUCCUAGGGACACGAGAGACAGUCGGGAUAGAGGUGCUUCUAGAAAGAGGGAGGCGGAGCGGCGCGGGUCCCGCUCACGCUCCUCCCGGGAACGGGAAGGGUCCCGGGGCCGCGAGCGCCGCUCGGGCUCGCGCGGCCGCAGCCCGGGCGCCGCCCGGAAACCCGAGAUCAGGAAGAUGCCCUUCAUCGGUAAAAUGCCUGUAUACAAAAACUUGAGCAAAACUACCAAAACUGAGGAACAGAAAAAAGAAGAGGUAAAAAAGAAGGAAGAAGAGGAAGCUACCAAGAAAAGAAGAGACGAAAUGGACGCAGAAAUACAAAAGAAGGUGGCGGAGUUUAAGGAGAAGAUAGCCCGCGCACAGAUCCAGCACGAGAUCGGUCCGCCCGCCGUGGCGCUGCCCACCUCCCUCGGCGCGCCCGUGGCCUUCCUGCCGCCGCCCGCCGUCGCGCCUGCGCCUGCUCCAGCGCCACCGCCGCCAACGCCACCACCUCCAACUCCAAGCAACCUCUCCAAGGACUUCCAGGACGCUCUGGACAUCAUCUUCCCCUCCGAAGUGAAGAAACAAGCUGAUGCCCUCCAAGCGCAACAGGAACUAUUCGCCGCCGCCAUGCCCUUCGGCCCCCUCGGCGGCGUCAUGCCCCCCUUCCCCCCACUAGGCCUCAUGCCCCCGCAAAUGCCCCCCGGCAUGAUGAUGGGCUUCGAAAUGAACCCCCCACCCCUCAACCCUAAUCUUUUUCCUCCUAGACCACAGCUAUAUGACACACAUGUUCCCCUAGUACCUAGCCCGAAACCAAGACAGCAGAAUAAGAGACCUAUGAAUAAACAGCAUAAUAAUAAACCUAACAAUCAGAAUAAUCAGAAUCAAAAUAAGCCACAGAAUCAGGCACAGCCUCAGCAGAAUCAGCAGAGUCAGAAGCCAGCAGAGAAGCCUAAAGAAGAAAACGGAAGCGUGGCAAAGAAGAAAGAGGAGUUGGAUGACUUGGCUAUGUUAGGCAUCGAUGCGGGCGACGUCGCUGGGAUGUAGAUGAAAAUCAAUUUUACAAAUAUAUUUACAAAUCGAUUCAACCCUUAUUAAAGGAUUUACCACAUAAAGCACUCAAACAAAUCCUUACUAAUUAUUGAUUUGAAAGCGAAAGUAACUCGGAAAAAAUUUGGUAUGGUGAUAGUUGGAGGCCCGAGGAAGGACAUAGGAUAGCUUUUCGCUCCUUGAGAAACAUAGUGUCACUAUACAAAAUUAAGAAACAUUCGAAUAGAGACGUUGUUCCAUUUUUGAAAAGUUGAAUUUUCAGAAACAAUUUUGUAUAAUGACACUAUGGUUCUCAAGGAACGUUUUAUUAAUCAUCAUCAUACCACGUAGACCAUGUCACGGGCAGAAGCUAGUAUUCUAUAAUCAAUAAGUUAAUAAUGUGUUCUGGAAUGUAAGACUGACAUUCCAUUGUCAUUUUUCAAUUGUAAGCACUUAAGGUUAAAAAUGCUGGCAAGGUCGCCAUGUAAGGGCCUUAUCACACCGGCGGUUUGCGGGAGAGUUGAAAGCUAGACGAGCGAUUUCGCUGCGUAUUAAGAACUGGUUGCGCGCUCAUCGCCAGCGUGAUAAGGCCCUAAGUAUGGGCGUAUUUUGUAACUAAAAUACGAAGAAAGAUAAAACUAAGUUCUGACUUUGAAACCUCAAAACCUUUGACUUUCGGUAUGCUUUAACACUGAUCAAGUCAUCAGUGUAUCCCUACAUUCAAACUUAAAACAUCAUGUCAAUAUUAUGUUCAUGUUUUGCUUUUGAACAGCCAAAAUUUUACAUUAGCCUACGAAUGUUUAAGGUCCUUCCUGGUGUCAAAUAAUGUAAAAAAUUUGCCUUUUUUAAAAUUGACAAACUGAGUACCCAAGUAGCCAAGUGCAACUGUAUACAUGGCUUUUAUAACUAAGACUUAAAUGUAUAAUGUAUCAAAGACGCAAAAUACUUAAAAAACUAAAACAAUUUCAAUGAAACUUACUCGAUUACGAAUUUAAUCAUGAACUUGUCAAUCUGAUUGAAAUUGAUAUUAAAUUAUUGCACUUUUAUUUUAAAUGACUGCAUUGUAGUUUAAAAUAACUAUAUGUAUCUGUAAGGGCCCCCCCACAUCUAGCGUCUUUCGAGCGUCGGCGUCUGGUCAGCGCUAUGGAAAAUUACGUCGCUGCGCAGUUGCGUCGACGUUCGGCCAUAGAGUUGUAGACGCCGACGCUCGAAAGACGCUAGAAUAGAUGUGGGGGGGGCCCUAAAUAGUUAAAAAAAAACCUUUACAUUGUGAAUUGUGACAUUAGUUAACAAAGCGAAAUUUUUAACGUAUCAAAAGUAUAAAGUUUUGUCUAUUUCAAAAUCGAAAGUGUAUUAAGCCAUUAUUUUUUACAACUUAUUAUGUUUACCCAUUCGCGAGGUAGCGUCAUACAUUUUCUAUUUUUGGCAUUUAAAUUCUACUAAUAGAAUUGAAACCAAGUGAUCAAAACCACUAGAUACCCAAUAUCUAUCCCUCGUAUUUCAAAAGUAUCAAUUCGCAGUAUUCCACAGACUUUGGAGUGACGAAACAAGCGCUCGAAAGUCAAUAAUCGGCUCCCUGGCCGUAAUUUGCGGUUUUUGAACGUAUCCUAAAGGGUUUAUGAUAAUUAUGGUAUGUGUGUAUAGUUCGUUUUUUUUUAGCAUUAGAAAUUAGGUAAACAAUCUUGAUGUGGCUUUUAAUUGAAAAACACAUUUUAAAAAUAAGUUACGGCAAAUAUGUAACAAUUAUGAAUCUAAUACGAUCAUUUAUAUUCUUCUGCUUUCAUAAGUAAUAGUUUUUGAUUUUUAAAAAGCGAAUUUCAAUUAAAAGACAUAUCAAGACCGCUUACCUUCAUGCAAGUUCUUUCUAAUGCUAAAUAAAACGAACUAUUAUAGGUAAAGAUACAAAUCGUCUUCAGGGAAAUGUUUAACUGUUACUCUGAAUGCACUGAAAUUGUUUUUUUAUACGAGUACAGGCUAUUCUGUAAAUGCAGUCGUAAUAUAAGUAAUUGUACGUUGUCUAAGUUGUCAUAUAUAAUGUAUGUAUAAAUAAUUUGACUGUAUUUUUGUAUCGUGACAUUAAUAUCGUCAUUAUCGAAA